CGUUUGGCGCGGGCACUGGCGCGUUUGGCGCGCGCGCGAGCUGGCGGCGCUUCGCCAUGCCACGGUAGCGCGGCAGCGCGGCCGAGCGGCGAGCCACUCGUGCGCUCUCGGCUAUGUGGCCCAUUUGCGCUACUACGGGUGGUGUUAGCCUAAGAUGGUGUUGGCGCUGGUGGUCGGAGUCCUGUGCGUGUGGGGCCGCUUGAGCGUCGCCAAUCCUGAAGCGAAGCGGUUGUACGACGACCUCCUCUCCAACUACAAUCGCCUGAUCCGGCCCGUCGGCAACAACUCAGACCGACUCACCGUCAAAAUGGGACUGCGUCUUAGUCAACUCAUCGACGUUAAUCUUAAGAAUCAAAUCAUGACAACGAACGUGUGGGUAGAACAGGAAUGGAACGACUACAAACUAAAAUGGAAUCCUGACGACUACGGGGGUGUGGACACGCUGCAUGUGCCUUCUGAACACAUAUGGCUGCCAGACAUCGUGCUUUAUAAUAACGCUGACGGCAAUUACGAGGUGACGAUCAUGACGAAGGCGAUUCUCCAUCACGACGGCAAGGUGGUGUGGAAGCCGCCGGCCAUUUACAAGUCGUUCUGUGAGAUCGACGUCGAGUAUUUCCCCUUCGACGAACAGACCUGCUUCAUGAAGUUCGGCUCCUGGAGUUACGAUGGCUACACGGUGGACUUGAGGCACUUGAAGCAAACGCCAGACUCGGAUCAAAUAGGAAUGGGGAUAGAUCUUUCGGAAUACUAUAUUUCUGUAGAGUGGGAUAUAAUGCGGGUGCCAGCGACUCGGAACGAGAAAUUCUAUUCUUGUUGCGAAGAGCCAUACCCUGACAUCAUCUUCAAUCUCACUCUUAGAAGAAAAACUCUUUUCUACACAGUCAACCUUAUCAUCCCAUGUGUUGGGAUCUCUUUCCUUUCUGUCCUUGUCUUUUACCUGCCAUCAGAUUCUGGGGAGAAAAUCUCGCUCUGUAUUUCCAUCCUUCUGUCUUUGACUGUGUUUUUCUUACUGUUAGCUGAAAUUAUCCCGCCGACAUCUCUUACGGUGCCGCUAUUAGGAAAAUAUUUGUUAUUCACUAUGAUGCUAGUCACAUUAUCAGUAGUUGUCACAAUCGUGGUGCUAAAUGUAAAUUUUAGGUCGCCCGUCACCCACCACAUGGCCCCGUGGGUGCGAAAGGUCUUUAUAGAUUUUUUACCCAAAAUAUUGUGUAUACAGAGGCCAGAGAAACCACCCGAUGAUGAUGAUGAUGAUAACGAUAAGCCAAAUGAGGUCAUCACUGACGUAUUCGGUGGAGACGAUAUAGAUGGCAAAUUCAAAGAGUGGGGUUGUGAAGAGUAUGAGCUACCAGGCAUGCCUCCCUCCCCGCCACCGCCCCCUGGAGGUGAUGAUGAGCUAUUCUCCCCUCCUCCUGGGUCGCCCUGCCGACUAGACUUAGAUGAUGGCAGCCAAUCUCUAGAAAAGCCCCACGUGAAAGAGAUGGAAAUGACUAUUGAAGGCUCCAGGUUUAUUGCUCAGCAUGUCAAAAAUAAGGAUAAAUUUGAAAGCGUGGAGGACGAUUGGAAAUACGUCGCGAUGGUAUUGGACAGAAUUUUCCUGUUUGCCUUCACGAUAGCUUGCGUGUUGGGUACGGCGCUAAUUAUAUUCCGUGCGCCGACAUUUUACGACAACAGCAAGCCGAUCGAUAUCCUCUACUCGAAGAUUGCGAAGAAGAAGUUGGAGUUGCUCAAAAUGGGCUCUAUAGCGGACCCGAGCCUCUGAAAUUCGUCUUACGUCUUCGGCCACUCGCCGCCGAAGACGUUCUGGGAGCUAAUCGUCAUGUGGUGGCACGGAUGAUCUAUCUAAGUCUCCCAGAGGAAACUGCUAGGCGAGGACAUUGUUGUGAUGAGUGAGGUGCCAAGCGCCUGGUGCAAAACGGACGUGUGAACGCCGCGUGCGCAUCCAAAAACCGUCUUUUUGUAAUAGAAACUCUAACUCGAGACUCAUCCGUCGAUAGUGGAAUCGGGAACGGAACAACCUCAACAUAGCUGUUUUGUGUUGACCGAAUCUAUUGCAACUAUUUUUAUAAUUAGAAUUGCUGUAAACAUUUAUACUUUAUGCGAAUGCAUUUUGUAUGUUUUCGUCAAUUUCUUUUUCGGGUAUUGUUUAAUACGAGCGCACAAACACUGUACAGAUAAAAUCUUUAGGGGUAUUUGUUUCUUGCGGUAGAACAUUUAUUUUAUGGAAUGUUACAAGCAUUAUAACGUAACAGUUACACGUAAGGUUUACUUCGAAUAAAAUCGAGCUCAAUUUCGUAACGUUUAAGUAUUGUAAAGUGGUAUUAUUCAAUCAAUGGUCGAUUAACAUCCAUAUAGUUUUGUGCAAACGUCCUCAAUGAGAGCCGGACACUUCUAGAUGAUGUAUUUAAUAACGGUGAUGUAAUAAAUUUGAAUUAUACAUUUAGUAUUUGAUAAACUACGUACUCGCGUAAAAACUUUAAGGACAAUAUCUAUAAUUUGACGAAUGGUAAUAAUUUCCCUGUAGUCGUAAUGAAGUUAUAAGGGAUUGUAGAUAUUAAUAGAAUUAUAAGCCUAGUCAACAGAAAUAUGAAAAAACUAACACUUAUCAUAAUGCCAACAUAGAUUUAGUCACUUCGCGACGGUGAUAUUAUUUGACUAGAUAAUAUUUGUGAACACAAUUGACUGCCAAUUGUAAAUUACAUUUUUAUAAAGUCGGUAUUCUUAGAUAGUUCGGUAACUUGUUUUAUUAGAUUUUUUAAACGGAGUGCCAAAUCUGCCAGCGCGUAACGAUAUAGUUCCGGGUAAUUAGCCAAAACAUACUGAUAUUAACUACUUUAUUACUAAUCAUAGAUUUUCGUGUUUCGGAUUUUGCAAAACGAAAUUUUGAUAAUUGUAAGAGACAAACAAAUGCUUGCCCAAAACGUAACGACUGAAUGAAUCAUUAAUGCUUAAUUUUUUACAUGCCUUGUGGCACUGUCUGCUUUUCCGUGUAAUUUAUAACUGUAAUUUCACUAAUAAAAUCCUAGAGUACAGGGUAAAUUUAGUACACAAGUUUCUUCUCCUGGUUUUUAUUCUCACAAUUUUCACUGAUUGUAAGUCUUUUACUCACUUAACGGCACUUUACCACGAACACAUUUAGGUAAUAAAUCAUUGUUGAGGAUUGUGACCUAGUCUAUAAUGAUGUAGGUAAUCUUAUAUUUAUUUCUAUCUAGAUUAGAUUGAAUAUUAGAUAUUUGAUUUCAAUUACACUUAAGUGUUACCUCUCAUAACUCACGUUUUUUUUUAAUAGUAGUACGUUUUAUUUUGUUUUAACAUUUGCGCAUCAUAGCGUCUUACCUCACUUCGACCCAUUUUGUAGGGUAUUGUAGCAAUCUAACGUAAUAAAAUAUUUCGAGCCGCGUAAUUGAUAUGUCAAAGUAACUCAUGAUAAAGAUUAUUAGAUAAAGAUUACUUAGGUAUCUCAGUAAUUUAAUGAAUCCACAGCGAGCAGAUAGGAAAACAGGGAUGGUAAUAUUAAAAUAAUUCAAAUUGUUUUGUGUGAUUCGUCUUCAUAUUAUAUAAGUGUUACUGGGUGUGUAUAGCUGUUUGUGUCAAAUGCAUACACUGGCUAGUGUAGAUUAGUUGAUACGUAAUAAUGGUAGUAGAGUAACAUGUGAGGAAUGCGGUCUAAUAUGUUAGGACAAAAAGCAAGCUCGCUGAAGGUUGAUAUUUAUGAUAGGUCCGUCUCUGAUUGGAAAGCCAAUUCAGAUUUCUUUCAAUAAGGCUCUAAAUACGUCAUGUAUCUUUGAUGGAAUUUUUGGAUGGAAUUGUUCGUGUAACAGACUACUAAAAUUAAUUUUUCUAAUAAGUAAUACAUUCACGUCGAUUACUCGGGAGUAGGAAUGUGCUAUUGCACGCACAAACACACCAAUUUAAUAUUAAUAAUAAUAUCAUUAAAGGCUAGUUAAGUACACUGGCUUUUUACACAGUCUCGUGGUCAUCUGGAACUUUUAUUGUAGAUAUUUGCUAGAAAAUAAACGGUCUGUUGUUAUUUUUAUAUGACUGCAAAUAAUAAUAGAUUUUCUAAAACACCAUAGGGUAAUCGUUUAAGGUUGAGUGUUACGGUUGACAUGAUUAUUGAAAGCAUGAAAGGAAUGCUAGCUUAAGGUGAAAAAUAAAAUAUUUAAUGUAAAUAUUUUCUGUAGAAUAUCGAGCCUGAAGCUGGAGCUAAUUAUUUAGAAUGCUAAGAUCGUAUGUUGGUGGUUAUAAAAUACAGAAGAAUCUUGAAAUUUAAAUUUUGUUUCGAAUAUCACGGUGUAUCUUCUAGUAUAUCUUAGGCUGUGUUAAGUCUGGGAAAAGAUGAGCUAAGCCAAUACAACGACUAUAAUAACUAAUAUCAUUGCCAAGAUAAAAUAUAUAUCUGAAGUUUUGUGUCUUUUGUAGAUUCAGUCAAUGUUAUAAAAGCGGACGUUAAAUUUUAUUAUGUUUGUCCUUAGCUAUCUCAGUCUCAAAGACAUUGUUUAUCUUUUUCUUGUUCUUGAUAAGAAAUUAUUCAGGUCGAAUCUCAGAUCUUUAUGUCUGUGUGAAUGAAAUGGAAUAGUGUAAUUACUACUACUAAUUGUGAUACUAAAGAUUAAACUUAAUAAUGCAGAUACUUUACCAUAACAGUCUUCUUUCUUAUUAGGUGUAUCACUAACACCGAUGUCAGAUUUUAUUCAAGUCGCCUAAAAGCAUCUGACGUGAUUUUACCAACUACCCACAGACAUCUGAACGUGGCAAGCAUACACGCUCUUGACAUUAAUGAUAAUAGUUGAACUAAUGCAGUUUCUUAAUUCCUUACAAAUUUAAGUAAAAGCACACAGAUAUUUUAGUGAGUUAAAACCAUUUACACAGAUAUAAUAAUCUGAAGACUUCAAUGACCUUUUACUACAUAUUGAAUAUCGUGAACUUACAUUGGGCAAUGUUAGCCAAAUGUGUUGUUUGAAUAUAAGUAAUGUUUCGGGUGAUAACGGGUAAGCAAAAGUAGUGUGUCGUAUAUCUGGCAGUAGAUAGGUAAUAAAUUUAACAAUAAUCUCAAAAAGCUAGAUUCAACACUUGUCAAUAAGUAAGUUAACAUGGGUAUAUGUAAUAUUGUAAGUGGUAUUUAGCUUCUCAGUGUUUUUAGAGUUAGUCGACGUAUGGGUCAGCUCAGUAACGCGAUGCCAGAUAAAUUUGUUAUCAUACUGUUGAUAUUUUAGUCUAGAUAAUAUUUAAUUUGAAAACUUUUCUAUGUAUGAUAUCAGUAUUUGUUCAGUUUGUUUGAAAUAUACUAAACAAAAAGAAAUCUUUAUGCAUAAAAUUGACAUAACAGCUGAAAUUCAACAAAUAUUGUGGUCAACUUUAAAUGCGAUAAGAACUUAGAAAACCUUGACUAAUAGAAACAGUUGACGAAUCGCUGAUCGUGCAAAAUUUAAUAUAACGAACACAUCUUAUGAAGACAUGCAAUAAAACAAGCGACACGCGAUGUUGAUGAUGACUCAGAAUGAUGGUGUCAGAACUCAUACAUUAAAAAAUAUGUGUGCUAUAUAUUCUAUUUUUUUCCUUUAUUUCGUUUUUAUUAUUAAAGUAAUACUUGUUUGAUUAAUAUUAUUGAGAGCAUUGAUUUUAUUGUUUUCUAGUUGUCUUUUGAUUUGUAUGUACUAGCAAGUUUGUCUGCAUCGGGUGGUGAAGUUGUAAACUCAUAGUCAGCUAUCACAUGGCUGUCAAUAAUUUUAAGAAAUCAACUUAACCAAAUGUUGGCAUGUAAAUAUAGAGGAUCAACAUAGUAUAAUUAUAAUUGACGAGUUAUUUUUCUACGUUCCUUUCACCGUGUCUUUAGUGACGUAGAAACGUAGUGAAUGGACGUUGUAGAUUUAAUGAUCAUGUCUUUGGAAUAACGGAGCAUACGUGAAAUAUCUGUUUGAUUGAUAAAAAUAAAAAUUAUCUAUGAAUAUAUUUAAAGAAAUCUUCGAAAAUAAGCACUCCAUUUUGAAGGUUAGGUUAGUUUAAAACACGAAAUUAGAUAUCAUAAAAUGUUCUUUCUAUAACUUCAACAGUUGAUUUUGUGCUAUUUUUGAGUAAAUUAAAUAUAAUAAUACAGAUAUUUCAUUUACGAGCUAACAAAAACAUUAACGAUUCAUAUAGAAAUGCAAACGGAAUACAACAACGCGCGCUCUGAAAUUUCGAAUUCAAGAUCUCAUUUAUUCCGUUAAGAACUCAUUAUUUACAUAUUAUCAUUCGGCAAUAAACUCUUGAUUCCGAUUGACAAUCAGUUAAGUAAUAUAAUUUCCGUAAAUAAUUUCCGUAAAUAUAAUUAUCAUACUUGUAAAUUUUAAUAUUUACUUUUGAAAGGGAGUCGGUAUUAACAGAAAAUCCAUGACGCUUUAUAAUUAGGUUCUUCGAAAUCUAGAAUUUCGUCAUAGAUAUUUCUUCAAUACACUUUACGUACUUGCUUUUCAGCACAGUUUUUGUUUUAUGAAUUAUAUUUCUCUCAUCGAUAUAUAUAUAUAUAAUACUCUUUAUCUUAUAAAUAUCUACGUAAGUUAGGCGUACUUGCAUGUUUAAUCGAACGUCUUCCAAACUGACGUAAGUUUUUAUUUCUAAAUUCGUUUUAUUUUUACUAUUUUCCCUUGACAAAUUCUCAGUUUAAUUUUACUUUUAUUCUCUUAGAUUCUUUGAAAUUGAUCUCGGCUAUUUCUAGUAAUAGCUUUUGUAUAUUUUGAUGCUGUUAAAUCGGUUUCAAAUUCAUGUAACUUACUACUUCAAAUUAUAAUAAUAUGAAUAGAUAUAUGUGUAUUUAAGGUAGUUGAAACCACAUGAAAUUUGCGUUGAGCUUCCAACACGAUUAGAUGUAAAUACAGAUAAUAAAUCCACUUUUGCACUAUGAUAAACUUCUUUAACUAUGUUUUGUCAGAUGUGUUGUGCAUUUUAAUUGGAAAUCGAGGCGUGUACAUAUUGUACAAACUUUGAAUUCGUUGACUUAAUCUAAGACACUAUUUUAUUCUGAUUAAUAAACAUAGAGAAAGUUUAUCAUUACGACAGUUAAUUGAAUUGCUAAUUUCAAAUCUACUACUGCAUAAUUCCAAAGCAACGAGCCAGAUUUCGAUACACAUGGCUGUGUUAAAGCUUUUAUCGAACGUUAAAUUGCCGCUAUUCAGCAAAGCAACCUAUUGGCAAACGCUCUAAUUCCGGCUAAAUGCAAAGUAGAAACUGAAACUAGAGUUGUAUCACUGAUUACACGAUACGUACACGCCUUAAUCGCUUUGUGAAAUCUUUUUUGACAUUGAGAUGGAGUCGUUUUGUACAAAUUUUCUUUGUUAAAUAGAAUUGGUAUAUUUUUAUGUAUAGUAACGAUGUGAUUUACUUUUGUUACUUUAUUGCUCUGGCGUUUCAAAGGUGUUGAGUAUUAUUUAUGGUAAUAUUUCGACUUUUAAAAUAAUGAGGGCAUGUGGAUAUCUAACGUUAAGAGGGUGCAACUUCAUUGAAACAUCAGCCGCAACUAAUAAAAAGUAUGUUCUUGGUUUCGUCACUAUACAUUAACCAUUACGAUUAAAGCAAGUAAGUAUAGAAAUAUAUUAAAACGAAUUUGCCAAAAAAUGUUUGA